UUCAAGAUGGCGGGAGAUUCAGUCCACGCGGUGUAUCGAAGUCCUCUCACAAGUCGUUAUGCGAGUCCUGAAAUGGCGUUUAAUUUCUCUGAGGACAAGAAAUUUUCUACUUGGAGGAAGUUGUGGCUUUUCUUAGCAAAAUCCGAGAAGAUUCUAGGAUUGGAAAUCACAGAUGAACAAAUUCAGGAAAUGGAAGCUAACUUGAAAAAUAUAGACUACAGCCUGGCUGCCGCAGAGGAGAAGAAACGUAGACAUGAUGUCAUGGCACAUGUUCACACAUUUGGUGUGUGCUGUCCCAAGGCUGCUCCCAUUAUUCACCUGGGAGCAACAUCUUGUUAUGUUGGUGAUAACACUCUUGCCAGAUGCAUAGAGAGGCUAUCAGGCUUUGCUGAGAAGAACAAGUCAAUUCCUACACUUGGCUAUACACAUUUUCAACCUGCUCAACUCACCACAGUUGGAAAGAGGGCAAGUCUUUGGCUGUCAGAUCUCCUUAUGGACUUGAGGAAUCUUACUAGGGCUCGGGAUGAUUUAAGAUUUAGAGGGGUCAAGGGAACCACUGGUACUCAGGCCAGCUUCCUUACUCUUUUUGAUGGUGAUCAUGACAAGGUGGAACAACUCGACCAACUUGUAACAGAAAUGGCUGGUUUCAAAAGUCACUACAUUGUUACGGGGCAAACAUACAGCCGUAAAGUAGACUUGGAUUGUCUAUCGGCUCUCGGCAGCCUUGGAGCAUCAGUUCAUAAGAGAUGUACAGACGUCAGGCUUUUAGCAAAUCAAAAAGAAAUCGAGGAACCAUUUGAAAAAGAUCAGAUUGGUUCCAGUGCUAUGCCAUACAAACGGAACCCAAUGCGGAGUGAAAGGUGCUGCAGUCUGGCACGUCAUUUAAUGGUGCUUGUAGGAGAUGCGCAGCAGACAGCAGCAACACAGUGGCUUGAGAGGACGCUGGACGAUAGUGCUAACAGGAGAAUAAGUUUAGCCGAAGCAUUCCUUACGGCAGAUAUUUUGCUCAGUACUUUGCAAAAUGUUUCAGAGGGUUUGAUAGUUUACCCUAAGGUUAUCGAUCGCCAUAUUCGACAGGAGUUACCGUUUAUGGCGUCCGAAAAUAUCAUAAUGGCAAUGGUGAAAGCUGGGGGAAAUAGACAGGAGUGUCAUGAGAAGAUUCGCGUUCUGUCCCAGGAGUCUGGGGCGGUUGUCAAGGAGCAAGGCGGUGACAACGAUUUGGUCGAUAGGAUCAAGAAUUGCAGAUACUUUGCUCCCAUUCACAAUCAGUUAGACGUCAUCUUGGAUGCUAGUACAUUUGUGGGGCGUGCACCCCAGCAGGUUUCCAAAUUUAUUAAGGAAGAAGUCGAACCAGUGCUGAUUCCCUUCAAAUGGGAUCUAAGGAGCAAGUCGUCCAUUGAUGUUUAGUGUUUUCCCUUAUAUAGGUACUCUUUCCUAGCGUAUAUGUUUGUUUAGGAUUUUCUCUUAUGUAGGUACUCUUUCCUAGCUUAUAUGUUUGUUGUUUAGUGAGCUUGUUUGUAUUUACAUUGCGUGAAAGCAAUAUGCGGGAGACAUUUCAGCGUGCAGUAAUUAGUUUGCCGCUAGGCAGCUAAGCAGGUGCAGUGCACAUAAGCGUCAUGAGCCCGCAGUUAGGCGUGCGCUCAUUAGCGUGCAUCCAAGCGUGCGCUUUGUAGCGUGCAUUCAAGCGGAUGUUAUUAGCAAGCAGUUAGUUAAGGUUUUAAAUCGUUAAUCGUACAGUUUUUCGCGCGAAGUUAAAGGUAGUUUAUGCAAUAAUGGCGAGAAAUUCAGGGCUUACACCCUUUAGGCCCAUCUUACUUGAAGGUUAUUUCAUUCUGGCGAGAGACACGCCAGCGUUAGGAAAGAAAACUUCCAUGAAUUGAAUUUCGGCAGAUAAUGCUUCACUGCUCGAGGAUGGGUAGUUAUAAAUGUUCCCAUUAGAUGCUAGAACUGAACUGCAUAAAAGAUGUGAUAAAGCUAGUCAUUUAUUUUCACUUUACACUGGGAUAACAAACCGGUGAGAACCGUACUCAGACAAGUUGAUGUGGUUUUCAAGUUUGUCUAAGAAUAGAUGGCUUAACUCUUCCUACAAUACAAAUUGAAAAAGAUGCAGAUUUUCACAUUUAAAAUGGUUUAAGCAUAUUCUUAAAGUUAUGAACGAAAAUGCGAUGCAAACGACUGUGAAUAUUGCGGAGUCAUUCAAUUGGGCCAUGUUGUAAGUUAGGUACAAAUUAAAAAAACUUUGAAAAGGGAAAUCUUUACAGUAUAAUAAGGUUUUGAAGCCACAAAGAAAUUGAAGGAACUUGAACAAUCAUGCAUGAGAUCAAUGUCACCUAAAUAAUAACUGUUAGACCAUCGAUCAGGAAGAUAUUUGCGAAGUCAUUCUGAAAUAAAUCUGAGAUUUCGAUA